UACGUGCGCGCUCCCGUUCAACGCGUGGUUCUUUCACGUUGCCGAGUGUAGCGCCGCCGCUCCGCGUUUUAAAGGUUUAUUCCUGCGCUCUUUUACAUGUUUUAACCGGAAUCGCCGCUCUGCGUCUGAGACUGAGGCCGGGCUGCUCUGGGGCUGGAGAGGAGGAGGAGGAGGAGCGCGCGCGCGAGGCUCCGCGGCCGAGAACGGAUCGUUAGACAGCACGUUGCGGCGGAUCUGAGGCGUGUUUGCUGGAGCAGCAAUGGCCACCGAGGUGGAGACUCUGCCGCCGAACAACCCGCUGCUGCAGCCGGAGGAACAGCAGCACAAAGACGAAGAGUACCCGCUGCAGGAGCGCCAGACCGCGGACAGCAGCAGCCCCGGGGCCGGACAGGAGGAGCAGGCGGCCGGCAGGGAGAUCAGCGAAGCUCCGCUGCCCAAGGUGAACCCGUGGACCAAGAAGAUAAGCGGCGUCAACGGUCAGCCGGUGGCAGAGCAUUCUGGGCCCACGAAGGUGGUGAAGGCGGGAAACAGCAGACUGAGGAGAGGAGGAAAGGUGGGCGAUUUUGGGGACACCAACAACUGGCCAACCCCUGGAGAGAUCGCCACUAAAGAGGUGCAGGUGCUAAAGAAGCCGACGGUGAAGCGCGAGGCCAAAGGGAAGCGGGAGAGUGAAGAGAGCAAAGAGAACCUGAAGAGCAGAUCAGACGACUCCGGAGAGGACAAGAACACUGACGAGGAGACUCAGAGGAGCAGCCACAGGAGGAGAGGUAAUAAGCAGCGCUGGGUUCCUCUGAUGAUCGAGGUGAAGGCUGAGGGUCCCCGCGAGCGCUCUGCCUCCAGGAACAACACUCGCCCGUAUGACGCUCACAGAGGCACACACAGCAGCAGGAACGGCCUCAGAGACUGGCCGAGCGAGCGCUUCGAGCAGGAGCUGAAGGACGAUCAUGACGAGGUGUCGAGUGUGAAGAGCGACGGAGCGCCGUACAGGGCCGGGGGCCGGGGCCGAGGGCGUGGCAGAGGGCGUGGCCGGGGGCGGGGCCGAGGAAGAGGUCAUUAUGACUACUACAGCUAUAAGGGCAGCGAGGGGAAGGACGGCACGUACGCACAGAAGUUCGGCAGCUCCAUGACCUACUACUACGACAACAUGAGCAGCGCCGAGCUGUACUCAGUGGACCAGGACCUGCUGAAGGACUACAUCAAGAGGCAGAUCGAGUACUACUUCAGCGUGGACAACCUGGAGCGGGACUUUUUCCUGCGCAGGAAGAUGGACGAGGAGGGUUUCCUGCCGGUGUCUCUGAUCGCCAGCUUCCACCGCGUGCAGGCGCUGACCACCGACGUCAGCCUCAUCCUGCAGGCGCUGAAGGACAGUAAGGUGGUGGACAUCACUGAUAUGAAGAUGCGCUGUAAGGAGGAACCGCAGAAGUGGCCGCUGCCGGACCUGUGUCUGCCGGAUCAGGCCCAGACCGACUUCGCCCAGUUCAUCCACUGCCCAGAAUUCAUCCCGCGCCACCCGCCAACCUCACCCUCGCCCGCGGGAACGCCCCGCUCCUCCACCCCGCACCAGGAGCUCUGCAGCCUGAAGAUGAUGCCCAAGGGUCUGUCCGCCAGCCUGCCCGAUCUGGACUCUGAGUGCUGGAUUGAGGUCAAGAAGAGGCCACGCCCCUCACCAGCACGGCCCAAGAAGGAGGAUGUGCGGUGUGUGCUGCAGAUGGGCCCGGUGUCCGCAGAGGAGCAGGAGGAGCCGGAGGAGCUGGACUUCAUGUUUGAUGAGGAGAUGCAGCAGAUGGACGGCCGCAGAAACACCUUCACCGAUUGGUCAGACGAGGACUCGGACUGUGAGAUCGACGACCGCGACGUCAACAAGAUCCUGAUCGUGACGCAGACGCCGCCGUACCUGCGCAAACACCCCGGCGGAGACCGCACCGGGCACCACACCUCACGCUCCAAACUCAGCAGCGAGCUGGUCAAGAUCAUCAACGACGGGCUCUUCUACUACGAGCAGGACCUGUGGGACGACAGCGGCGAGCCCGAGUACGCCACCAUAAAGCAAGAGGUGGAGAACUUCAAGAAGGUGCACCUGAUCAGCAGGGAGCAGUUCGACUGUCUGACGCCUGAACCACCGGUCGACCCCAACCAGGAGGUGCCACCGGGACCCCCGCGGCCCACACUGAUCCCCACUGAAGCUCUGGCUAAUAAGCUGUUUGGUGCCCCGGACCCGUCCUGCAUGGCCCGCUCUCUGCCCACCACAGUGCCGGACUCCCCCAGCCACCGCAGCGCCCGCACGCCCCGAACCCCCCGCACACCACGGCUCAAAGACGCCCAGACGCCACGCUUCUACCCCGUGGUGAAGGACGGACGCCCACUGGACGCUAAGACGCCACGCAAGAGGAAGACGCGCCACAGCUCCAACCCACCCAUGGAGUGCCACGUGGGCUGGGUGAUGGACUCCAGAGAACACCGCUCCCGCACCGCCUCUGUCAGCUCUAAUGCCAGUCCGUCAGAGGGCACAGCAGCGAUGGGUAAUUUCGGCUGCACUCCUCAGUCUCUGCCCAAGUUCCAGCAUCCGUCACACGAGCUGCUGAAGGAGAACGGCUUCACACAACACGUCUACCACAAAUACCGCCGGCGCUGCCUCAACGAGCGCAAGCGUCUGGGCAUCGGGCAGUCUCAGGAGAUGAACACACUCUUCCGCUUCUGGUCCUUCUUCCUCAGAGAUCACUUCAACAGGAAGAUGUAUGAGGAGUUCAGGCAGCUGUCGGUGGAGGACGGGAAGGAGGGAUACAGGUACGGGCUGGAGUGUCUCUUCAGGUUUUACAGCUACGGUCUGGAGAGGAAGUUCAGGCCGGACAUCUUCAAGGAUUUCCAGGAGGAGACAGUCAAAGACUAUGAAGCAGGUCAGCUGUACGGACUGGAGAAGUUCUGGGCGUUUCUCAAAUACUCUAAAACCAAGAACAUGGAGAUCGAAACCAAACUGCAGGAGCAUCUGAGCAAGUUCAGGCGUCUGGAAGACUUCAGAGUGGACCCGCCGAUGGAGGACGGUGUGCGUAAGAGACACUCCUCCAGUGGAGACGGCCGCCGCCGCCACCCCUCACACCCCUGCAGCCGCAGCCAGACCCAGAGCCAGCUUCAGCCCACCGGAGCCGCAGCCGGAGCCUCUAGAGACGACAGCAGAGCCCAGAGCCAGCGGGACGCCCGGCCCCCCAAAUGAGCAUCAGCAUCGCCCCCACACACACCCGCAUGACCCGGCUCUCCAUAUGACCCACAGAGGGCGACACACACACACACACACACACACACACCCCCUGAUGACUGUGACACACACUGCCGUCUGCUGACCCUCUGCUGUACAGCCGCAGUGCCGGUGUGUGUGGUGCAGGUGUGGGGUUCUGCCCUCAGUCUGCUGCUCUCCUUCAUCUUCCUCCUCUGAGCGCACAGACUGCGUCCAUCACACAUCGCUCCUGAUAGAGUAGCUACUGGAUGAGGAACAGCGUGUGACGAUGAUGAUGAUGAUGAUGAUGAUGAUGAUGAUGAUGAUGGUUUUAUGUUGCCUGUUUCUCGGGUCGCCGCCGCCGUUUUGGAGCAUUUAACUGUUGUGGAGCCGCGAGCUUCACUGUGACACUGAGGACCCGCUGCCAAAUACACCCCUUCCUGCAGGAGUGUGUGUGUGUGUGUGUGUGUGUGUGUGUGUGUGUGUGUGUGUGUGUGUGUGUGUGUGUGUGUGUGUGUGUGUGUGUGUGUGUGUUACAGCAGACGGCCUGCGGUCAGACAUGAAGCAUUCCUCUCGCUGUGAGCAUCAGUACAGCAGACCGCCGUCAUUACCAGAGUGUUAAUCCUCCUGUACAUAUGACUUCCAGAGUUCAGAGACUCUCCAGCAGUGGGCUGCGCGUCUCUUUAUUGUGUAUAGAGAUAUAUCUGCCUUAUCUUCUUUUAUAUGCUGGCCCUGAAGCGUUCUCCACGCUCUCGUUAUGGGUAUGUUUUAGUAUCUCUCUCUUGCUUUCUUCAGCGUGACUAAAGGGAAGCGGACCUCCAUCAUGUGAAGAAACAGACCCCCCCCCCCUCUCUGAUGGUUAAUGAGUAGAUUCCUUUAUAACUUUGGUUGAUGAGCAAUAUAUAUCCCUGACGGCCGUCUAAUUUAUAGAGUCCUCUUCAGCUCGCCUGCCUUACGCUCAGAUGAUUUGCUGAAGCGUCUUUGCUUUUAGUUUCCAUCACGCUGUCUGUGCUGAUGUUUGGGUUUCCUUUUCCUUUUCACAGACGUCAGCAUUUCCCUGUCCAUCACCUGCUCAUGUGUGUGUGUGUGUGUGUGUGUGUGUGUGUGUGUGUGUGUGUGUGUGUGCGUGCGUGCGUGCGUGCGUGCGUGCGUGCGUGCGUGCGUGCGUGCGUGCGUGCGUGCGUGCGUGCGUGCGUGCGUGCGUGCGUGCGUGCGUGCGUGCGUGCGUGCGUGCGUGAUUGAUUAUAGAGAGUUCACACACCUGAAAGCGAGACUCGAGCCUCAUCAGGCCAUGCCAAUAACUGUGUGUGAUUAACCUGAUCGUCGGUCGCUCGUGGUGGGCUUGUGGAGGAGCAGAGCUGUACUGGACUUGAGCUCUGCCGAGUCUGCGCUGUCGGCCGCUGGGAUCUGCUGUUAGUGUCAUUUGUAAUUUGUAGGAGUUUUGCUUUUCUUUUAAUAAAUGAAACACAUGUAAAAGGUG